AUGCCAGUUGAUUCCUCGGCAGCGUCACUGCUGUCGUCGAUGUCUUCACAUCGGGCUGGCCUUUUUCCAAGCCUACGAGGCGCCCUGCGACAUACUAAGGUGGUUUCUGGAGAAGCUAGUGAAUCUGGUGAUGGCGCUGUUCGCGUGCUGGAGAGCUCUUCGAGGGAUAAGGAACGUGAAAACGAGCUGUCUAUCGAUAUUGGAAGCCCAUAUGAGCUUUUUCAGCCUCAGCUGGUCGCCGAGGACGCUUCUACUACGGGUGAUAUGUACCCAGAUGAAGAACUAGACUUGAGUACAUCCUCACACUUAGGGGUGGACUUGAAGGAGGACGUGAUGAAGAAGAUGGCAGAACUACGACCGCAGAAUAGCUCGGAAUACGUGGCGAAAGAUCCCAAGAAUAAGAAGUUCAAGUACCUCGAUAUGUAUGAGGAUAUGGCUGGGUCAGGUACCCGGUCGGACUCGUCUUUGUUUGAUCUUUCUGCGCUAGAUGACUUUAAUCAGUAUGUUAAGAGAGCUGAGAUUAACGACUAUAUCCAGCAGCAACUCCGACGGGACCAGCUUAAACGUGAUGAGAAUAUGCUUUCUAUAGUGCAGCCGUCUGACUUGGCACAGAACUUUUAUUCGUAUGGCACAGACGAGUCUGCUAGCUCUCCGCUGAGGAACGGGUUUAAAUUCAAGUACCCUUGGAAUAAUACCGCUGCUGAUAGAGAAAAGAGGGUGCAGAACGAUUCUGAUGUUUCAGAACUCCGGGUCGCUGGCGACUCGGUGGACUCUAAUACGACAGAUGGACAUAGCCGUUUUCUUGAGCGUAAGCUAGAGGUGAGACAUUUGCAGAUGAUUUCUUUUGGUGGAACUCUCGGUGUCGGUUUAUUUCUUAACUGUGGUAAAGCUUUCACGAUCGCUGGAGGUUUUGGUACAGUUCUUGCAUUCAUUAUAGUGGGAGUGAUCGUGCUAGCCACGCUUGUCAGUUUCUGUGAAAUGGUGACGUUCGUUUCAGUUGUUGACGGUGUUUCUGGUUUAAGCUCUCGUUUUGUCGAUGAAGCCUUUGGUUUUGCAACAGGUUGGCUAUAUUUCCUAAGUUUUGCCCUAGGUUUAGCUGGUGAGAUAGUGGCAGCCGUGAUUCUUCUAAGCUACUUCCCUGAUUUAGAGAUCACGCGGAGUAAAGGCUCGGUUGUGGGAUUCGUCACUCUUUUCUUGUUGUUCUGCUUGUUGAGUAACUUGUUCGAUGUGAGAGUGUUCGGCGAGAUCGAGUACUGGUCUAGUGUCAUCAAAAUGAUUGUUACGCUUAUUAUGAUCAUUGUGAUGAUUAUCAUUAAUAGAGGUGGCUUAGGAUCUCAGGGCACGGUUGGCUUCAAGUACUGGCAGCGACUGGAAUCAGACUUUGAACAUAAUCUUAUAUUUGGUCUAUUUCGGCCAACUUUUGAUCUUCAAGACAAUGGUAUGAAUGGAGAAACUGAAGGAAUUGGCGGUGAUUUGGGUCGGUUUAUGUCCCUUUUGACAGCCAUUGUUAUUGCCUCUUAUUCAUACAGUGGUACAGAGAUUGUGUGCGUCGCCGCAUGUGAGGCCAAGAACCCGAGAAAAGCCCUUCCAUCUGCUACAAGAAGAGUAUUUUGGAGAAUCCUUAUUUUCUACGUGAUCGCUGUGUUUGUUGUUUCUUUGAAUAUCUACGCUGGCGAUCCAAGACUUCUUCGUUACUAUUCAGGAACUUCUGGUGUCAAUCCAAGCACUUUCAACGAUAACUACGCCGUCAAGUAUGUUGGUGGAAACAACUGUCACUUGCCUGCCGAAGUCAUCGGCGGUGUGGCAAACGGAUCACAGAGUCCAUGGACUGUUGCAUUCCAGAGCGUGGGGCUUUGUGAUUGGAGUGCAGUUCAAAACGGCUUUUUAGUGUUCUUUGCCUUGUCUUGUGGAAAUGCCCAGUUAUACGUUUCUUCAAGAACCGUGUAUUCAUUGGCGCUCCAAAGGAAAGCACCUGCCAUUCUCAUGAACUGCAACCGUUUUGGGAUUCCAUACUAUGCCGUUCUUUUAUCGUUCAUCUUUGGCUUACUCGCCUUCACCUGUGUUUCGGAGCUGUCUACGCUGGUGUUCCAGAACCUCACCAGUGUCAUUUCCUCGUCAGGCGUAUUCGUCUGGUUCGCCAUUUGCCUCUCCUUCAUCAGAUUCUACUACGGUCUCAGAAAGAGGCCAGACAUUAUCGACAGAAAUGAUAAGUCGUACCCUUACAAAUCACCAUUCCAGCCCUACAGCGCCAUAGUGGGGCUUAUAGGAUCGGCGGUGAUCUUGCUCGCAAUGGGCUACGUUGUUUUUCUUGACGGUCAAUGGGACAUAAUGUUCUUUUUCUCGAGUUACGGAACCCUUAUCUUGGUGCUUUUGCUUUACCUCGGCUACAAAGUGAUCAAGGGAACUCGCAUUCUCAGUCUUGAAGCGCUCGACUACGACUCAGGCAGAAGAGAGCAUGACAUUUAUAUCUGGGACGGAGGUAAAGAACAUAAUGUCCGCAACCUAAAAGAAUGGCCACGCAGAGUCUUAAACACUUUGGCCUAA